AUGUACGUUCAUGACAACUUCAGCCGAUCGAGGCUUCUACUUCGAGAGCUUGGAUGCUUCAUCUUGCUCGUACUAUGCCCAGUCUUUGUUCUUUUCUAUUGGAAUACAUAUAACUCCUUUGAUGCGUCACUAGCGGCAGCAGUGCUGGCGCUGGUGACUGAGCGGCCCUUACAGUUCUUUCUCUCGCGAUGCCCAGGUCCAACAACCAGCUCUACUUACGCCUAUGCUGGCUGGCUACUUCUUCAAGCAGCACUCUAUGUUUACUUACCGGGCCCCGUUGCUUUUACCCCGAGGACACCGGCUGGGAGGCGCAUGCCUCACACUCUCAAUGGUUUUUACGCAUGGAUCUGUACCAUGGUGCUGAUGGCUACUGUUGUAUACGUGGGAAGUAUCGAUCCUGCCUUUAUUGCGCUAAAUUGGGCUGCGCUCCUGGUAACGGCUAGUGCCUGGUCUUUUCUCGUCAUUGCUGUUUUUCAGGUCAAGGCUCGGCUUUGGCCUGAUGAUGUCGGGGACACUUUACUGACAGGUGAGAUCUACAUGACUGCCUUCCAUGCAGCUGAAAUGUGUCUCACCUGGAGUAUUUAG